GUGCCGUUUUUUUUACAUCCGCUGUGUUCGAACCUUCCUCCCCGAGCAGACGAAGAAUGGAGUGAGACUCUAAUGGAUGUUAGCGUCAAACAUCAGCGAGCAGAACAACGCUGAAAAUUUCACAUGAAGCUCCCGAGACUCGUCUGCAUUAGAGGUGACUAAUAUCCGGGUCCCGUCCUGGUCCUCUGACCACACUGAAGGGUCUUCACCUUCUUCCUGUGGUCAAUGUUGUGGCCUAUCAUUCAUUAGAGGUGACCGGGUGAGGUUGGGGAGGUUUGUGGGUUAUUAUAUCUUGCUUUUGGCCCAUGAGAGGGACUGUGCCACCAAGGUACCACCAGUGACCAGGGCUGUGGCUGCUGUGGUGGGCCUGGCCCAGGAGGCCGUUUUCUACAUCAGUCAAGGCUCCUGCUGACUUGUGCCAUGGAUCAACCAAGAGAGAAAAGUGCCGAGCGGCCCAGAGGCAUAAAAGUUCCCCAGGGAAGCCGUACCGGACCCUCAUCCCGACCAUCUGGCUCGUCAGGCACCUCUGGCGUUCUUAUGGUGGGGCCUAAUUUUCGUGUGGGGAAGAAGAUUGGUUGUGGGAACUUUGGUGAAUUGAAACUUGGCAAGAAUCUCUACACCAAUGAGUAUGUGGCUAUUAAACUGGAACCAGUGAAGUCAAGGGCACCGCAGCUGCACUUAGAGUACCGGUUCUACAAAAGUCUUGGGACUACAGCAGAGGGUGUGCCUCAAGUGUUUUACUUUGGGCCAUGUGGAAAAUACAAUGCCAUGGUUAUGGAGCUACUGGGCCCAAGUCUAGAAGACCUCUUUGACCUUUGUGACCGGACCUUUUCACUGAAGACAGUCUUGAUGAUAGCGAUUCAGCUGAUUUCACGAAUGGAGUACGUGCACUCUAAAAAUCUCAUCUAUCGAGACGUCAAGCCUGAAAACUUUCUCAUCGGACGGCAGGGGAAUAAAAAGGAGCACAUCAUCCACAUCAUCGACUUUGGCCUAGCCAAGGAGUACAUCGAUCCUGAGACCAAAAAACACAUUCCUUACCGGGAGCAUAAGAGUUUGACUGGUACGGCCAGAUACAUGUCCAUCAAUACACACUUAGGCAAAGAGCAAAGUCGGCGAGAUGACCUGGAAGCCUUGGGGCACAUGUUCAUGUAUUUCCUCCGUGGGAGUCUGCCUUGGCAAGGGCUGAAGGCUGACACAUUAAAAGAAAGAUACCAGAAGAUUGGGGACACAAAGAGAAACACUCCUAUUGAGGUCCUCUGUGAGAACUUUCCAGAGGAAAUGGCCACAUAUCUACGGUAUGUGAGGCGAUUAGACUUCUUUGAAAAACCAGACUAUGAAUAUCUGAGGACUUUGUUUACUGAACUGUUCGAGAGGAAAGGAUACACCUUCGACUACACUUACGACUGGGUUGGAAGGCAGAUACCCACACCAGUGGGAUCUGUCCAUGUAGAUUCUGGUGCAGCUGGUGCCACAAGAGAAAGCCAUCCUCACCGGGACAGACCCUCGCAGCACCCACCAGUUAGAAAUCAGACCGCAGUCUCAGAUCGGCGAGGAGCAUGGGAGGUGCAACCCACGCGACAAGCAAACUCUUCCUAUCUGACCUCUCACCUGGCAGCGGACAGGCACGGGGGCUCAGUGCAGGUGGUCAUUUCACCCAACGGGGAGCUGAAUGCAGACGAUCCACUGGGCCAUUCCAGCGCUCCGAUAACGACUCAGGCAGAGGUGGAAGUGGUCGAUGAGGCCAACUGCGUGAAAAUGCUCAACCUGUGGUGCUGCUGUUUCUUCAGGAGAAAACGGAAGAAGAACACAUCAAGACACAAAUGAUGACCAUCACCAGACUGAAACGUCACUUACGUCCGGCUCAGUCGAUUGUGAUUUCAGAAAUCAAGGCGGUCCCUUUCAGAAUAAAAAGAGGGACUCAACUGAAAGAUCACUUUGAAUUGAUCUCUGCUGGGAUCUGAUAAAAAUGCUUUGAGAUGUACUAGACAUGCGUCUUUGAUGGGAGUCUUUUUAAGUUUUUCCCCUCUGCUAAGUUAUACGAGGAUGUUUUACAGGUCAGUCAACCAAACGCGGAGCCUUUUUCCGUCAGUUUUGCAGAGGAUCUUAUUUUUUUUCCUUGUCAUCUUUUGCCAUAUUUUCCCUCCAGUCUUUGUGUUUUUCUUCAUGGGAAGAGAUGGAUCUUCCUGUGGAAUCUUUCCACAUUUAGCCUGCUUUACAGCUAAAGUUUGACUCGGUGAAUAAGUCCCAGUUCACCUGGCGUUGCCCCUUGUUCAUUUGUAUUUUUACACCAAACCCUGUUUUGUUUUGUUUUCCUUUUGGGGUCAUUCCUGACGCAAGACUGAAUGUAAACCUGAUCACAGGAGAAGGCAAGAGUUGCUAACUGCCUGUUUUCACGCAGACGCACAAAGAACAUCAGUCUGCCAUUUGACCCCUGCACUUUUUUCCUCCGGAGAGGUCAACCCUGGCGCUGUGAUUUGAGCCUUUGAGAACAGACGACCAGGGACGCCCCCCCACACUGUGGUCUCUUGAGGAUUAUUUCUGCUCACUUAGCUUUUUUAAAGCACUCCCUGUAACCGCAAUGCCCUCAAAAAAACACUACAUUGGCUUCUUACCAUCAUGUCGUUUUGCUCCUGUCAUCUUUGUGGAAACGAGCAGCAUUCUGACAUCUGUAGACGGGGCUGGAAACACGUAUUUAUCCUAUUUAUCACUUGUUUGCCACUACUUGUCCUUCGAAUUCUUAAUGAUACACAUUGAAUGUAUGGACGGAAAAGUUGACGACUUUGGAGCUUUUUAUAUAAUCCAGUAUGUGCAUGGGAAGAAACGUACAGUUAGAGUCUGACAGACACCAAAACGAUGUGUUUUUAACAGGUUAGGAAGGUCUUCAAUAAUCUAAAUAAUGUUUCAACAACAGUUGGGGUGUUUGCGUUAAAACGACACAAGCCACAGACUUGAUAUGUUUGAAGAAUCACAGCCUCUGAAAGCGGUUCUGUCUGAUGCCUUAACCCUGACCCGCCACCUGCGAGGCGAUCACAUUAUGUUGCUUCUUGGACAACAAGUUAGCAGCAUGGUUUUGUGAUUUGGGGGUAAUUAGUGGGAUCUCCAGAGUAAUUGAGCCCAAAGUCGAGACUGUUUAAAUCAGUUAAUGGUUUCUCUUAACGUAAUGAAAUGUAUCGACAAGAAUGCAAAGCCAGAAGGUGUGAUGAUGAUGAUGAUGAUGAUGUGUAGUUCCAGAGAUAUCCACCCCUCCCCCUUACAUGUGAAGUCCCAUGUUGAGCUGACUGCUGACCCCAGGUCCCUCUGCGCUGAGCCCGUUAACAUAGCAUCAGUGCGAAUGAGGCGUAGAGGACUGCCUUGACACAAUCUCCUCCAUGUCUAACCUUGCCUAUCCUAACAGAAAAGUGAAUUACAGUACAUUAUUUUCUAAUUUAAUGUGAAAUUGUUUUGCUUUUUUCCAUUCCAACUAGCCAUGGUUUUAUAGGGAAAGAGGGUAAACAAAAAAGCUUGAGAUCAUAACUGCACUACAUUUGUUGACCCCGGCUUUCCCUAACAAGACUCUGCCUUCUUAAUAACACUUUAAAUGUGCUUUUUACUUUAAUUGUAGCUGCCUCGUGUGCUAGGCUUUCCCUCUAGGGUGCAGGGAAUACACUUUUUUUUUUUAUCUCAUCUCUACCUACUUUUUUUGGCACCAUGCUCCACCCCUUUAACCUCUACACACACUCGCUCACCCUCGCAUGCAAGUGGAAGGUGAAUCGACACUCGGCAGAGUGUCAGAUUAGGUGUUUUAUGGACCUGCUUCAGUAGAAUGUCCUCUGUGUUGCAGUGAGUCCGUAUAUUAACCUGCGUCUUGUAUGUAUUUACACUGUACAGCCUUUUUAUUUUGUUUUGUUUUUUACCCCUGAUGUUUCGGUUUCUCUGGGGCCUAAGUUAUUGUUAUCAAACAUACUUGAAUCUGAGAAUCUAUAGGAUCGUUUCUGUUUGGUUUUUGAUUUUUGCUUCAGAGUAACUCCACACAAAGGAUUAGAGGUGAAUGACGGGACAUCAGGCUAUUUGAAUGACAGGUAUUCAUUUCUUUGAGACUGACCAGAUGAGGACUGAGGGAUUGUUGCCACCCAGCUGAGCUGCAGUUACACCUCUUUGCCUUUUUCAAUUAUUUAUGACGGUGUAUCUUAGUCAGACGUUAACAGUCUUAUCGAACGCCAAACCUUUGACAUCAGCUAUCUGUAAUUCUCUCCACAAUCAUCAGAGGCUGCUGGACUGCGUCGCUGCUGCUCUUUGACGACAAAGCUAAAGGUUUUCCCACGUAGUGAGAUGGAUAUCAAGACUAAAUAGCCUUCAGAGCUCCCCCUGAAUUCCCUGAGUGCCAUUUCUGAGACUACUAGCUAACCCACGCCUUUUACCUGUGCCAGGAAAAUGCUACGCUGAAUGUUUUGUUUUUCCACUCCACCUUUUGUCCUUGUCCAUUCAUGUUUUUGUCAACUUGCAGAUGGUUCAGUGCUGUACCGGGCAGUGUUGCAGAUUGUCACAGAAGGUGUUUAAACAAUUGUUCCACUUUUGUUCCCUACGUUAUUCGUUUUUGUCAUAACACCAACAAGGAGAGCAAAAAACUUAAUGGACCAAUCCUUUUGAAUAUGGGUUGAAUUUAUAAAACAAAUCGUCUUUAAAACGUUGCCGCCUUCUUUACGCCAUGUGUCAUGUUGCUCUGUAGCUGAACUGAUAUUUAUCGAUAUAUUACUCUGAUGUAUUUACGUUUAACUCUGUGAGCCUAUUGCAGGGCGUUAUAGGAGUACUCUAUGAUCUGUAUCUGCAUGGCUUAUCAGGAGACGGCGAGUAGCCUCUCUUAUACGUAAGACUCCUAUAGUGUUGGGUCAGUGAGACGUCAUGGCAUCCAGUCCACAUUUAACCAAACUUGUUUUAAAGUCUUUUGUGACUCAUUCCAUUACAGUUCCUGUUGGUUCUCACUGUUCUUUUCAAAGUUGUGUUUAUGGCUUUGUGUGUGUGUGUGUGCACAUCGCUUAAGUGUGUUGAAUGAAUGGUUGAAGUCUUUUUGGGUUCUCUGGCACUUUUUCUUGUUGCUGUACUGUAGAGUUGUUUGAUUUACUGUAUAUUUUUCUUUUUUUGGGGGGGGGGGUGAUAUUUACUGCAAUAUUGUGAUGAUUAUUUGAACUGUAAAUUGUACAGAGUUCACAGUUGUAGUCUUUGUUGGGAAUUUCUAUAAAAAGUAGUCUCAUAUUUCUUUUUUAUUUCUUCAGACUGUGGAAAAUCAAAAUGUACAGCUCCAAGAUUCUAUCCUCCCCUCAGCAUUUUUUAGAGCUAUGAUUAAGAGAAAUCCUUAAACUGUAAAUAAAUAUUGUGUUGAAAUAUGAAUGUCACUUCAAAAUGUAUUUGAAUGAGUUAGUCAAGGGCUUCAAGAAUGAAGGACCCACAAUUUUUCUUUUUAUGGUUUGUUUUUAAUUUGCAGAAAGGUAAAGCUCCUUUUUAUCUGAGAUGGCUUUUUUUGUGUCCUUGGAUUCAUACAAUACAAUGUCUCAUGUGAACCUUCUACAGAUCACUUUUUAUUCCCUCCACACCUAAAGGGAAACUCCAAUUUGCACCCUUUUUAUGUAGAAUAAAAGAUCUCUCCACUU